CAGAAGAUCAUGGCAAAUGCAGACUGGGGAUAUGAUGGCCAAAAUGGUCCUGAUCAAUGGAGCAAACUAUAUCCCAUUGCCAACGGAAAUAACCAGUCUCCCAUUGACAUUAAAACUAGUGAAGCCAAACAUGACACCUCUCUGAAGCCCAUCAGUGUCUCCUACAAUCCAGCUGGUGCCAAAGAAAUUAUCAACGUGGGACAUUCCUUCCAUGUGAAUUUUGAGAAUGAUAAAUCAGUGCUGAAAGGUGGCCCUCUCUCUGACAGCUAUAGGCUCUGUCAGUUCCAUUUUCACUGGGGCGCUACAGACACAUAUGGCUCGGAGCACUUAGUGGAUGGAGUCAAGUAUUCUGCAGAGCUUCACAUAGUUCACUGGAAUUCUGCAAAGUACUCCAGUGUGGGUGAAGCUGUCUCAAAGCCUGAUGGGAUGGCAAUUAUUGGUGUUUUGAUGAAGGUUGGUCAGGCCAACCCAAAGCUGCAGAAAGUACUUGAUGCCCUAAGUGGAGUUAAAACUAAGGGAAAGCGAGCCCCAUUCACAGACUUUGACCCCUCUGUUCUCCUUCCCUCAUCCCUGGAUUACUGGACCUAUGCUGGCUCUCUGACUCAUCCUCCUCUCCAUGAAAGUGUGACCUGGAUCAUCUGUAAGGAGAGCAUCAGUGUCAGCUCCGAACAGCUAGCACAGUUCCGCAGUCUUCUAUCAAAUGCUGAAGGGGACAAAUCUACCCCCAUACAGCACAACAACCGACCCCCACAGCCUCUGAAGGGAAGAGUGGUGAGAGCCUCAUUCUGAAGGCCCUAAGAAGGAGCUCAUCAAGAAC